AGCAGGAAGUGAAUCGCCCUCGCUCCGCAGUGACUCCGGAGCCCGGGGCUGCAGCCCGGAGAGGGGACGCUGCAGCCGGGACAGUCUCCAGCCCCGGCCGGGACCCCCCCCUCCCCGGCCCUGCUCCCGGGGGGGGCCCGCUGGGGGGGGGAAGGCUGAAGAAUCACGUCCACUUUUCGCUUCAGGUCCUCCCGUCUUCCAGGAGACGAGGAAGAGAACUGGCUGUGGUGUAGCCCGCUCAGGCCCAUUGGGAGGGGGUGACCAUCCACCCAUUUCUGAAAGAGGAAAUGCCCCAUGGAUAGGGCUGGGAAAACUGACCAGAUUCUCGGUGCUGGAGCCUGGACCCACUAGCCAGAGGCUACCGUGGAAUAUGAAGGUGCUGGGAUUCCUGUCCCUGUCCCCUGCUUGGAGCUCUGCUUCCCGUAUCAGCCUGUGGCUAGCAGAUACCGGUGACUUUUUGUGUGUAUUUCACCGAGGGGAGGGGGCUCUGCUGGACCCCGCUCAGAGAGCCCUCUACAGGGACGUCAUGCAGGAGAACUAUGAGACUGUGACCUCGCUGGGAUUUCCCAUUCCCAAACCUGACCUGAUCGCCCGGCUGGAAGGAGGGGAAGAGCCGUGGGUCCCAGAUUUCCAGGCCUCCAAGAAGAGAGAGCUCCUGAGAGGCACCCACACAGGUGAUGAGCGUGGGAGGGAGAACAAGGAGGAGAAUCAACAGCAGAAAGGUCCUGGGAAAGUGGAACCACAGGGGACGUUUCUGAGAAGAGCUGCAGGGAGUUUUUCCCAGUGCUUGAAACAGGGAAGAGCCUGGGGAAAUCAGGGCAGGGCAGGGAGGCAGCUGGAAAACCAUCCAAGGAAGAAGCCAGAUGAAUCCAUUCCACGUGAGGGAGGAUGCGUGGAUCCCAAGGAAACCACAGCUCAGCAGACAAAUCACAAGGAAGAAAAACCCUACAAAUGUCUUGACUGCGGGAAAAGAUUCAGUGUGAGAACAAGCCUCACUACGCAUUGGAAAAUCCAUACAGGAGAUAAACCCUACAAAUGUUUGGACUGCGGGAAAAGUUUCCAUCAGAGCUCACACCUUAUUACACAUCAAAGACUGCACAUGGGAGAAAGACCCUAUAGAUGCCUUGAGUGUGGGAAAAGUUUUAAUGAAAGUUCAUCUCUUACUAAACAUGGGAGAAUCCACACAGGAGAAAGACCCUACAAAUGCCUUGAGUGUGGGAAAAGAUUCAGUUUCAAAUCAGCCCUUAAUGCGCACCAGAGAACCCACACGGGAGAGAAACCCUAUAAAUGUUUGGUCUGUGGGAAAACCUUCAGUGAGAGCUCACAUCUUAUUAACCAUGGAAGAAUGCACACGGGAGAGAAACCCCAUAAAUGCUUGGAAUGUGGGAAAAGCUUUCGUAAGAGGUCGUCCCUUAUUACACACCAGAGACUGCACACAGGAGAGAGACCAUAUAAAUGCCUGGAGUGUGGGAAAGAUUUUAGUGAGCGAUCAGUCCUUCUUACACACAAGAGAACCCACACAGGAGAGAAACCCUAUAAAUGCUUGGACUGUGGGAAAAGCUUCAGUCAAAGGUCACAUCUUAUUAACCAUGGGAGAAUCCACACGGGAGAGAAACCCUUUAAAUGCUUGGAAUGCAAGAAAAGCUUUAGUCAGAAAUCAUCCCUUAUUACACAUCAGAGACUGCACACAGGAGAGAGACCAUAUAGAUGCCUUGAGUGUGGGAAAGGAUUCAAUGAGCGAUCAUCCCUUCUUACACACAAGAGAACCCACAUGGGAGAGAAUCCCUAUAAAUGCCUUGAUUGUGGGAAAAGUUUCAUUCAGCCAUCCAACCUUAUUACGCAUCAGAGAAUGCACACAGGUGACAAACCCCAUAAAUGCUUGGAGUGUGGGAAAAGCUUCAGUCACAACUCAUACCUUACUAGACACCAGAAAAUCCAUACAGGAGAAAGACCAUACAAAUGCUUGGACUGUGGAAGAAGUUUUGCUCACAAUUCAGGCCUUACUGUGCAUCAGAGAAUCCACACUGCAGAGAAGCCCUAUCUAUGCUUGGAGUGUGGGAAAAACUUCAGCCACAAAUCAAACCUUACUAGACAUCAGACAAUCCACCUGGGAGGAAAGACCAUAUAAAUGCCUAGACUGUGGGAAACGUUUCAUUUAGACAUCAACCCUUGUUACAUGCCAGAGAAUACUCACUGGAGAGAGACCCCACAAGUGCUUGGACUGUGGGAAAAGUUUCAUUCAGAUCUCACACCUUAUUAGACACCAGAGAAUUCAGGGCCGUCCUUAGGCAUACGUAGGGAACCCGAAAAUUUGGGGCACCCCUGGGUCUUAGUGUCCACCCAUCUGCCUCUUCCUAUCCCUGUUCUGACCCUCCCUGCAGGCACCCACCACAGCUGGCUGCUGCAGCCUGGUGAGUCUUCCUCCGGAGGGGAUCUAGUAACUUAAAAGUGAAAAAGCCUCCAGCCUGCCAGACCUAUUAGCACAACACUGAAACUGUUAAAGACCCACUCAAGGGGUAAUGAAGCAUUUAACAGGCAUUUGCCAACCCCCAGGUAUAUACUGUCAGUUUCUGAAUUUACUGACCAAAACAGUUGUGCAUGACCGUAAUAUUUACUCAGAACAUGUCAGUCUACAGGACCUUAGUUUAAAAUUUGCCUUAAAAAUAUUUCAUUAGUGUGUUGCUGAAGUUUAUAAAAUCACAUCUCUAAAAAAUCCUUGCACAGAUUUUUAGAUGCACAAUCUGAGUAUUCAUCUUUAGCCUUAAAUGCUUGGAUCUUCAGACAUAGAGUUUUUUAAAUAAAUCCUUCAAAAGACCCCCCUUAUCUAAAAUAUGCAUGCGAGUCCGGGCUGCCGUUGGGCAUAGGGGCACCAGUUUAAUAAUACUGCAUAGGGCCCCAUAAAUCCUAAGGGCGGCCCUGAGAGAAUUCAUACUGGAGAUAAACCUGAUAAAUCCUCCACUGUAGGAAAAGUUUCAUUGAGAGAACAAACCUUAUUAGACGUCACAGAAUCCACAAAGGCUGUAAACUUCAUAAAUGCCUCAACUGUGGGAAAAGCUUCAGUAAGAGCUCAGAGCUUACCAAACAUCAGAGAAUCCUCAAGGGUGAGAGACCCUAGGAACAGCUUGACUAGAUUCAGUCUGAGUUCACACAACAGAGAGACCUUGAAUGGGCAAAGCUUCUAGGCUGCUCCCGUGGUACCGGGCAUCAGCAAAUCCACACGGGGAAGAAAGCUCUCAGAUGUCCUCAGGGUGGAAAAUGGUCCAAGUGGAGCUAACACGGAAUUGGACAUCGGAGACUCCUCCACACAGUAGGGAAGUUCUCUCAGUGCCUUACUAGGGCUGGCCAUAGUAAUAAAUCCAUUUCCUACUUCCCCCACACACCAGGGGCAUUUGGCUCCCAAGGAUCCAGCUGCCCAUCUCUGGGGUGAGGAUACAGCUGUCGCUGAGCAGUGACCCUCUGGCUCUGCCUGGUUUCAGCAAGCCCCAGGCAGAGGAGGGGAAGCCCCGAUCAGGCCCUCCUCCCUGCACCAGCCCUGGCCGCUGAGCUGAUGGGCCACAGGUGGGGUAAGGGAGAGAGAGAAACUCCUCCAUAUGCUCCCUCUGCCUUGCUGAACUUCCCCCUCCUCUCCCUGCCCUUCCCAGACAGGCUCCCCCUUCCAUGGAGAUUAGGAGAAGGACACUUGGGCCAGGCCUGACCUUCACUCUAUAGACACCUGUCUCACUCCCCUCCCUGUCCUCCACCAGUCCCUGGGCUGGGCUCCCCCAUGUACCUGGAGCUAUUUCAUGCAGAUUAAGUGUCCCUGGGGGCUGGCAACUCCUCCCCUCCCCAAAUCGCCCAGGGUGCUGGGUUCUGGGGGAUCAGAUACGGAGGGACCAGGAGGAUGGGUUUUGUGGAGGAAACUGGGGACUGAAGAGUUGGGGCGGCUAGAACUAGGAAGCAGGGGGAACUGGGUGCUGGGGCUAUCGAGUGUUUGGGGACUGUGGGAUAAGAAGAGAGGGAGAGCACGGGGUAUAGAGAAGUACCGCUUCUUAACAUUCAUUCCCUCGGUACCUUUGUGACGGGUUUCCCCAGGGUACAGCCUGGAACUGGGGUCCCGCUGAGCCCUCUGGCAUACCAGUCUGGGCUCCCUUACUCCCCAAGAAAGAGAGAUUUUAAAUCAUUAUAAGUAGGGAGCGUAUAGACCAAAGCAGAUUACCGUAAGAAAUAAAACAAAACACAACCUAAGCCCUAUAAACUCAGCAGGAUUUGAAUCAAGCAGUGCCUCGCCCUGUUAGCAGACAGAGGCAGGAAUUCUGUCCUGCCUGGGACCCCCUUCCCCAGUUCAGUCUUUGAUCCCUGACGUGUUUUCCGGUGUCGAGUUGUAGGGGGAGAGAGGCCCAGUGGUGAUGUCACUUCCCCCUUUUAUAGCUUCUUGCAGGUGGCGCGAACUUCUUUGUUUCAAGCCAAGCCCCAAGCAACAAGAUGGAGGCCAGUAUCCCAUGAUCUCGUCACGUGCCCUUGCAAGCUUCCAUGAGUUCUAGCAGCCAUUACUCAUACCCUGACUGAAGUGUCCAUCAGGUCAGGAUAAGCUUUUCCCAUGGCCCGUUGGUUUUGCCGAUGGGCCAUUCCACUGGAAUAGGCCUUUCACAAUGUGCCGGCUAGCCGGGAGGUAGAGUAUUCUGUGUUACCCAGGAGCAAACACAUUUGAAAUACAGAUGCAUAGUCAGCAUUUAUAACUCCAGAUACAACAAUGAUACAAGUAUGCUCAAAUAAAUUGGUUAGUCUCUAAGGUGCCACAAGUCCUCCUGUUCUUUUUACGACCUUCUCCCUGGCCCCUCCGCAAUCAGAAAGCGCCGCUGAGUGGGACUGGCUCCCACAGGACCUUUUGUGGGAGGCCCAGAGAUCCCACCUCUGUCUCCUCAGCAUCAGCCUCGGAAGUUCUCUCUCUGGUAGGAAAUGUGGUCGGGAUUAGCCAGCGCAUCCUUGUGACCCUCCAGCAGAUUUCCUCGUGUAAACUGACCCUGACAGUAUCUUAUCUGUCCUGAUCCCCCCAUUAGCAGAGUGAUUGCUAGUCCCUGAGUUCCCCCUUUGGGGCCAGAUUGUCUCAUUCCCAGAUAUUCUCACAUUGCUCCAGGCCAUUUAUUGUUUGUACAUUUUCUGCCUUAUGGGCCAGAAUUAACUAGAUGCUAAAAUAGCGGGAGCUGGGCCAGUAAAAAGUGGUGUUUUACCUCCUGUGCUCUUUGAAGGCGAUGGGGUGACUCUGAGGGAUGCUUAGGAACCAGAGUUUGAUUUCUCUGAUCCUUAGUCAGACUCCUGAGGGUUGGAGAAGAAAGUGUCACAGACCUGGGAGCGGGCAGGGGAAUCCUAAUAGACCUCAAGGCACAGUGUGACCUGUCCGACCUUAGAGCCCCUGUUUCCCUCUGUUGGCAAAAUGGUUUCUGGGCUUCUUCCAGGCGAGUCCAGAUAUACUUAUUUUUUGUCUUUCUUUCUCUUUCUUUUAUUAUAAUGAUGCGAAAACUUUUGUAACUAAUACAACCAAAUAAUGAGGCAAGAAGUAAAGAGGUUUAGCCACUUCAGAAGAAAAUGGGUACAUUUAUUUUCCUGAUUUUGAAUCUUAAAAGACUCUCUGAGAUUUCCCUUUAUGAAUGUGAAAGUGUUUUAUAGCCCACCCUGCAUUGUGGGUUUUCUCUCUUUGUGAAGGCCGUUUGGUCACAUACUUCGAUAGUCACUUAGUGUGAUAGGAGGUAGCUCAGAUUUAGUGAGGACCUCACGAGACAAGUGAUCAUUUGCCACAAUAGCCUGUUUAAAUUUUAUUUUAAUCUUUGUCUAACCCUUUGUCGUGAGAUUUUUUGUGGUGUUUGAACACUGACAAUGAUCAAUAUCUCUCAGCACAAACUCUCAGGGUGAGACACUCCGAGAGGCCGAGACUGAAACGGGGAAGGAGGUUACUGCCCGAAUGAUCCCUGCAGUGAUGUGAGAUACCCUCAGGAGAGGGAGAGGGCGGAAGAUGGGGGAACAGAGCUGGGAAACUCCUGCGUUUGCGAUCAGAGCGAGGCAGCCGAGGCUGAGAACUGUGAACUCCCUGCAUCAGAGCCAGAGACAGACAGGAACUGGCCUGUGAGUGUCGUGUGAAGCUGCCCCUGAGCUCCAAAGGGCCAUAAACGACACCCCAAGAAGAAUGAUGUGGGGAGGGGGCAGCGUCUCCCUAUUAUGAGAUGACGAGUUGGGCACAGGCAGGACGGGAGCCGGGGAUGUCAGCAGACCUGGCCAGCCUUGAACCCAGGCUGACCCCCAUCAUUGAGGCCAGAGGGAGAGAAGGAGCCUGACAGCCCAGCCGGUCACCCCUUCCCCAUCUAUCACAGUGUCCUGUGUGGGGACGACAGAGACUGUCUCUGCCCCACUCACCCCACGCUCAUCCCUCCAACCAGAGCUCUUUGGGUUCCCUGCUCUCGGGGCGUUUGCUUUUGUGCCUGGCUCCCAGUGUCUCUCAUGGCUCCUCGGCCCUUCUCUACCCAUUUACAAAUGUUGCUGGUUCAUGCAGGCGUUGGGCGCGGCCAGGUGCUGGACUGGGGGUGAAAAGUCCCGCGUUGGGCUGGGCUGGGGCUGGGGAAAGGAGUCUGCCUUUGUUCGGCCUUUGAAAUAAUAAAGUAGAAUUUAGUUUCUCCCACUCCCAGUGUCCUGUGUUUUGCAUUACAUGUCUACCCACUCCAGAGCUAAGGUUAAAGGUAAAAGCAAUGCAAACAUGGUCUGGGAUGGAAAUACACAGCAA